UUUCCUGCUCCUUCCAGCGUCCACAGGCGGCGGAGCGGCCACAAUCACAGCUCCGGGCACUGGCGCGAUCGGAUCGAGCGGAGCGGCUGGCGCCCGCGUCCAGCCCCAUCCUCCCCGCGCUCGCGCACCGGGAAGUUUUGUGGCGGCGCCCGGCGAGGGGCGCGGAGGCGCGGAGCGGGGCGCGCGGGAGGAGCGGAAAGAACGCCCUGGAGCUUUGGCUGCAAGAAGAAAAGGGGGGAGGUUAAAAUAAAAUAAAAGGAGAGGGGGCCCGCGCGCAAAAAUGGCUGGGGCGAUCAUAGAAAACAUGAGCACCAAGAAGCUGUGCGUGGUCGGCGGGAUCCUGCUAGCGUUCCAGGUCGUCGCCUUCCUGGUGGGAGGCUUGAUCGCUCCAGGGCCCACGACGGCAGUGUCUUACAUGUCCGUGAAAUGUGUGGACGUCCGCAAGAACCACCAUAAGGCCAAGUGGCUGGUGCCAUGGGGACCCAACCACUGCGACAAGAUCCGGGACAUUGAGGAAGCCAUCCCGAGGGAAAUCGAAGCCAAUGACAUCGUGUUCUCCGUGCAUAUUCCCCUUCCCAACAUGGAGAUGAGCCCCUGGUUCCAGUUUAUGCUCUUCAUCCUGCAGCUGGACAUCGCCUUCAAGCUCAACAACCAGAUCCGAGAAAAUGCCGAAGUGUCCAUGGAUGUCUCCCUGGCGUACCGCGACGACACGAUGGCAGAAUGGACCGAAAUGGCCCACGAGAGAGUGCCGCGGAAGCUCAAGUGCACCUUCCCCUCCCCCAAGACGCCGGAGCACGAGGGCCGCUACUACGAAUGCGACGUCCUCCCCUUCAUGGAGAUCGGCUCCGUGGCCCACAAGUAUUACCUGCUAAACAUCCGGCUGCCGGUGAACGAGAAGAAGAAAAUGAACGUCGGGAUCGGAGAGAUCAAGGACAUCCGGCUGGUGGGCAUCCACCAAAACGGAGGCUUCACCAAGGUGUGGUUCGCCAUGAAGACCUUCCUGACGCCGAGCAUCCUCAUCACCAUGGUGUGGUACUGGCGCAGGAUCACCAUGAUGUCCCGACCCCCGGUACUUCUGGAAAAAGUCAUCUUCGCCCUCGGGAUUUCCAUGACCUUCAUCAACAUCCCUGUGGAGUGGUUCUCCAUCGGCUUCGACUGGACCUGGAUGCUGCUGUUCGGCGACAUCCGGCAGGGCGUCUUCUACGCCAUGCUGCUGUCCUUCUGGAUCAUCUUCUGUGGCGAGCACAUGAUGGAUCAACAUGAGCGGAACCACAUUGCAGGAUACUGGAAGCAAGUCGGCCCAAUUGCUGUUGGCUCUUUCUGCCUCUUCGUAUUUGACAUGUGUGAGAGAGGUGUGCAGCUGACCAACCCCUUCUACAGUAUCUGGACCACAGACGUGGGCACGGAGCUGGCUAUGGCCUUCAUCAUCGUGGCCGGGAUCUGCUUGUGCCUCUACUUUCUCUUCCUGUGCUUUAUGGUGUUCCAGGUGUUCCGGAACAUCAGCGGGAAGCAGUCCAGCCUGCCCGCCAUGAGCAAGGUGCGGCGGCUGCACUACGAGGGGCUGAUUUUCAGGUUCAAAUUCCUCAUGCUCAUCACCUUGGCCUGCGCCGCAAUGACAGUCAUCUUCUUCAUUGUCAGUCAGGUAACUGAAGGCCACUGGAAAUGGGGUGGCGUCACGGUCCAAGUGAACAGCGCCUUUUUCACCGGCAUCUACGGGAUGUGGAACCUGUAUGUGUUCACUCUGAUGUUCUUGUACGCGCCUUCCCACAAGAACUACGGGGAGGACCAGUCCAAUGGCGACCUGGGUGUCCACAGCGGGGAGGAGCUGCAGCUGACCACCACCAUCACCCACGUGGAUGGGCCCACGGAGAUCUACAAGCUGACCCGCAAGGAAGCCCAGGAGUAGGACAGCAUGAGGGACACUCUGCUCCUCCUCCUGCCUCCAGGGGGGCUUCUUGGACGUGCAUCGUGGACCUUGGUCAGAUUGCCGCCUGAGGAACUUCCGGAGGCUUCCGGCGGCCACUAACUAGUGCACUGUGUAGAUAACAAAACCGACAUGACACAUGUCCAGUGGGCACUGUUGACU